AUGUUCAACUCACAUAUCACAGGACUUGUGCUAGCUUGUGCGUCUCUGGCAACUGCACAGUACGGUCCUGGCGGCCAAUACGGGCCCAACUCGGGCAGUGGUGGUAGUGGGAACCCUUAUGCCAACGGUGGCAAUGGUGGCAAUGGCCAAGGUGAUUUCGGCGGCCUAUCUCAAUAUACGACAAUGGUCACCGCCCACGCUGUGCUCGCCUGCUUAGCUUUCGCCUUCCUUUUCCCAAUCGGCGGUAUCAUCGUCCGUCUUGCAAACUUCAAAGGUCUCUGGUGGAUCCAUGGCCUCUUCCAAACAUUUGCAUAUCUACUGUACAUCAUCGCGUUCGGCCUAGGAGUGCAUCUGGCUACGAGCGCGCCGGCGUCGAUCAACUUCUUUUCCAACUCGCAUCCGAUCAUUGGAAUUGUAGUGUUCGUGCUACUUGUCUUCCAGCCGAUACUAGGAUAUCUGCACCACAGCAUGUUAAAAAAGCACAGCCGCCGCGUCGUCUGGUCUUACGGGCACAUCUGGCUUGGACGAAUUGUCAUCACGCUCGGAAUUAUCAAUGGCGGUCUAGGUCUGCAGCUUGCGAGGCGCUCUGGCAUUUGGGCACCGAGUAAUGGUGCGAUCAUUGCUUAUGGUGUCAUCGCCGGGGGGAUGUGGCUGCUGUACAUGGCUGCUGCAGUGUACGGCGAAAUCAAGCGUAAUAGGGCGGAUCAGAACAUGGGGGCUUACAAGGCCACUCCUCCAGCGUAUGAGGAGCAUAAGCUUGAUCGGAUGCAGUAUGCUUAG